AAGUAACCACGGGGAUCGCUGGAAACAGGAACCAGAAGAACUAAGGCACACGGUGUGUGACUUGUUGUCCGAGGCAAUGUGAGAGAGCCACAAGCUGGAAGUUAUACCUCCUGCCCAGCAGUGAUUGGACACAAACUGCAGGCGGAGAUACAAGCUGGAUUGAACAUCAGAAUCAGUGCGUGCAGGUGUCAUGGUAACGUCCACACAGGCUGGACAUCGGCACGCCGCAAAACCCACACAGGACCAGACUCAGGAGUACUCAGCAAUGUGAAAUAGAACGCUCGCGGUUACUACACCCAUGCAGCCGCAACUGGGGACAAGACCUCCGGAGGCCCGCACACCAGCGCGCUGGCACAGGAGAAAUGCGAGUAUGACCUUCUCACCCCUCUUGCUCUGAUGUUUCAUUUUGCCGUUCUCUUGGCUCCUUGGAUUCCUGAAGAGUGCGACCUUCUUUAUAAAGCCUUUGAGACAUUCCAUGUUUUUCUCACCUGGCCAACUCCGUAUUGUGACAUUUAUCAAGAGAUCCUCAGCUUUAUUAGUGAAGAACAAAAAGCACCAGGAAUCUCUUAUCAACGCCUGGUAAGAGCAGAACAAGGUCUCUUAACAAAAUCCUCCCUACCCAGCAUUGUUACUGUACUCUUGGUUAACCCUGUGGAGUUGCCUAAAGAGUUUCAUUCAGUUGCUGACCAUCUGAGCAAUACAGAGCAAAGUACAGAGAGUACAUACACUUCCCUUAUCCUGCACCAGUACCAAGCCAUCCUGGGACCCUCCACCCAGAUCACUGCCAUAGAAAGUGCACUAAAGUCUAAGACCUUUGAAGAACUUGAGACCAUCUUUACCUCCUUGACAGAGGCCUUAGAACAAGCAGUCAAUGACAGUAAAAUAGCAAAAAAUAGGGAGUGGCUGAAGGAAAAGGUGCAGGAAAUUGGGAAGCAAGCCGGUCUACUGGGGGACACAACAGGGCCUAUUUCUGCAGCUCAUUUUCGACCAAUUUCUUUACCAGUGGCCAAAUGUUACACAUACAGCUGGGAUCAGGAUAACUUUGAUGUUCUGAAUAACAUCAUUUUAAAUGAAGGAAACACAAGAUCAACAUGUCUUUCUCCAGAGUAUGAAGUAAAUGAGGAAGAUGAUGAUGACGAUGAGGAAGAAGAUUUAGAAGAAGUGGAAGAGGAAAUUAAUAAUGAUAAUCACCAGCGAGAUUCUGUGUUCUCUAGACAGUCCAUGCAUUAUGUGUACUGGAGUACACCAAGCAACGCUCAGGAGGAUUCCACCAUGGCCAACAUUACCAACCACUCUUUAUCAUUUGUAUCAAAUCUCUCCAGUUGUGUAGAUAGUGGCUACAUGGAAGAUAGCGAUGACAGUUCCCAAGAGACAUUGGACAAGGUAGAGUGCAGGGAAGAAAGGAUCAAUCAUAAAUUUACACAUAAGUUAUAUAAACUAUUUAAAUCUAAAAAUCACCUGGUCAAAAGCAAGCCGAAAACUGAACUCAGAAAUUCCCCUACUUCAAUUGUAAGCUCUGCCUGCAACUUGCAGCAGAAUCUUCCACUAAGACGAGCUGGUAGCUUAUGUACCCCUCAGGUGAGAAGAGUCCCAGCUCGGUCUAAAAGAUCUCAGUCACUUCCUCAGCAUGCUCUUGGUCUCCAUAUCUGGGAAAUCCAACAGAACCAGAAGUUGGCCUUAAAAAGGAGACCAUUUCUGAGCUGUAAUGAGGACUCCAGAGCUUCUACAUUGAGGGUUGUGGUGUUCGGUUCUGAUCGAAUUUCUGGAAAAUUAGCCAGGGCUUAUAGCAAUCUAAGGCUGAAGGAAAGUAACUGCCCUUUACUAACAAGGUUUUUUAAGCUGCAGCUGUACUAUGUCCCAGUGAAGAGAAAUAGUCCUUCUCAUUCCGUAUCACUGACAAGCCCCGACAAUCCCUUAAAGUCUCCUAGCCCAUUUGGAUCAGCCAACACAGAGGAUGUGUCAGGAGAUGAGGAAAGCACUAAUGACAUCUCUCACUACAUUGGACUAUUGGACCCCUGGUACAAGCGUAACAUCUUGGGUCUGAUGGAUCUAUCCACAUCCGUUCUGUGUCAGUUGUCCACACCUGAGAAUUACUCAGGCGAAAAUCCCAAAAUGCCCAUUCUUGCUGACAUGGUGCUGUAUUACUGCCGAUUUGCCAAUAGAUCUUUGCUCCUGCAGCUGUACCAAGCUGAGAUCACGUUUGAUGGGGGCAGGAAACAGACUGAGGUCUUUAUCCAAUCUCUGGAGCUCGGGCAUUCUGCAGCUUUAAGAGCUAUUAGAGCUUCAGGUCCCGGCUGUAAGAGGCUCGGCAUAGAUGGAGACCGGGAAGCAAUCCCUUUUACACUACAAAUUGUCUUCAGCAAGUCCAGUGUUAGUGGCCGGAGUCGUUGGAGUAAUGGAGAGAAGGUUUGUACAUCCGUCAGCCUGAGGAAAGCAUGCAAGACAUAUGAAGAACUUGAUUCCAAAAUGGAUUGCCUAAAUCUAACUGUGCGGGAGGUGGUAAAAAGGCAGAAUUCCAAGACAAAGAAAAGCUUCAAUCAGCAGAUCAGUAUAUCCCAAAUAAAAGUGGACAAAGCACAGAUUAUAGCACAAAAUGGUGGAACUUUUCCCUUAUGCUUGGACCAAGAUGAGCGCAAAAUCCUUCAACGGGUUAUAAAAUGUGAGGUUUCACCAUGCUACAAGCCAGAAAUGAAAGACUUCCGCAAAAUGUACAGGCCGCACUGGUCACAGACCCCAGAGGACCAGUUCUGUUCCCUCUUGUGUUUGCCAGUCGCUACUUUCAGCGGUGCCCAGCUCUAGAGGCACAGGAGACAUACAGGUGAUUUGUCUGUCAAUCAAUGUGAGGAUUCUUCCGGUCUGCUUUGUAUAUCAGUUUCUGGAACUGGAGACUCAGCUUCUCUGCGGUACAAAGAUCUCCUCCUAUGUAAUAAUGAUUACCACUUGACAGAGAAUGAGAACAGGCUGGCUUGCCUUUUAUUUAAGAUUUACCAUCUUGGUAUUUGGAAAUCACAACCAUUUGGCUACGCUGUAGUAAGCAAGUCUGUCAUUUUCUGGUCUUGAUUGCGGAAUGAGGAGAGAUUAUUAUCAUAUAAAAAAAUUUACAUUUCUACAGUGUUAUCAUAUGUUAUGAAGAAAAACGAAGAACUAUAUUUCUACAUGAAGUUCUCUGGAACUCUACGCAACUAGUGCUGAUGGACAAGUGGCUUGUAGAAAAUGGUUGACAAAAACUGGUACCAUUUUCAUAUGUGUCUGUCAGCUAUAGUAAGAAGAAAUGGAUUCUUAAAAAGAUAAAUAUUUUUUAUUAUUUUCUUCCAUAUUCGUAAACACAUAUUUGACACGGAAGACACAUUUUUAGCACUUCCAAUAAUGUUCCUGGAAUUAAGAAAUGUAAAAUGGACUAAUGGUUUAAUUUUUAAUUGUGUUACAUUUUAUCCAUUUAUUGUGGUGAGGAGGAUUGAUUAUUACAUAACUCAGUUUCUAGGUGGCAGGCUCAAAAAUAAGUUUCCUCCAGAUCUAUAGCAAUGUCCAAACCGUGUCCUGACUUUCUCCACAGAUUUAGGACUGGAUUUUGUUGUUGCUUACAUGGGCUUUCUGAUUUAUGCCAAUAUUUGCCAGAAUGAUUCUUAGUGAUAUUUACCUCAGAAAAUUUUGCCAUUUUGCAAUACUGAAAAAUAACUUACAAUUGGGCCAACCUGCGUAAAUAUAAUUUAUAAUUUCAAAUGAUUUCAUUAAAAAAUUAUAAUUUAUGUGCAUUGUGAUAAUAUCCAUCAAAUUCAGUAUGGUGAAUCCAAGGUUUUACCACCUAAAUGUACUGCACCUUAUAAUUAAAAAAAAUUUGUUUUGUCUUUUAUUUUUUAUUUUUUUUGAGGGGGGAGGUGUUAACUAUUCUUAUAUUGUAAAAUAAUAACUAUGUUGGAUUAAAAUGCAAUUUAAUCUAAUCUAUCUUUGUGUAACCCAUGCUUUGUUUUGCCAUUUGGGAAGGAUUGCUCUUUUAACCCAUUUGUCUUGAUGAAUAUUGAGUAAGCAUUAGCAGGAAUACUGUACAAAUGUAUAAUUAACAAAUAAUGUUUUUUUUUCUGGUUUAUGAUAAAAUGUACAUAUUUAUCCUCCUGUAAUUAUCACAUUAAUUUAAAAAAAAAUCAAAAGUGAUGUUAAAUAAAUUCUGAUUA